ACAGUACCUGGUGAGCGAGCACGGGACGUGGUUCCCCCCUUACGAUAGAGCUCCUCUGACCAACACUUCUCCAUUUUAGGUCGCGCCAUUAGGACUGGUUUUCCGGCAUUCUGGCUUUAUCUUUUCCUUGUGUUAAUGUGAAGUGUUUGGAUGUGUGAUGAAGUGACUUUCUUCGAGAGAAAAUACAGUAAACUUUGAUUUGCGCUUUGGAAUUGUGUGCCAUAAUUAGCGAUCCGCACAAUGAACCGGAAAGCAUUUAUCCUGCUGCUCUUUACAGCUCACGUCCCGCUUGUGCUUGGCGUCGACGAAGGUUCGGGAGCGAUGCCUCAGGCCCCUGGGCUUGCUCCCGCUUCCCGGAACCAGCCCGAAGGAACCGGCGAUUCCCAGAAGCGCCGGGAGGAGCUAAUGGCACGUGAGGAACAGACGGCGAGCGGAGAGGAGAGGGAGAUUAAGGACACGGCGGCUGCUGGGGACGCGGAGACGGCCGAGGGCGACGGGAAGGAGCCGGUCAGCGACGUCCCGAAGGCGCCUGCCACUCGCACUGGAGGACGAGGCGCUCCUGAAGAGUAUUGAUCAGCUGACGACGAGCUUCAAGACGUACAUACACAACACCAACGCGACGGAGCUGCAGCAGGUCGCCGCCCGCACCAUCGCCCUCAACAUCCCCCAGCUGCCCCUCUUCGGCAACCUCUUCGGCCUCUCCUCGGACUCGGUGGGGACCUCGCUCGCCUUCGCCCUCUUCCUCGGCUGGCCGCUCCUCCUCGGCGCGCUGUACCUCGCCCUCAUCCUCCUCUACCCCAACAGGCGCAGCGACAGCUAUUUC